AUGGAUUACCUUCUGAUGGAUAAACGUGGGAAACACCCUACGGCGAUUGGGCGUCAUUACUCUUUCAAACUUCAACUUGAUCAUCAAUGCCCCAAGUUCCCUUCACAUCAAGACAGCGACACUCUCAUCAAGGCUAAGGUGGUGCUCACAACCAGUCUAUUCCACGAUGCGAACUUGAACUAUGCCGAUGUCGGUCAACUGUUGUCUGUAUGGCAGGAUGAAGGUCUCUUCUCAACGAUUGCUCGAUGUUGUCCUACCUGCCUCUCCACCUUUAAUCAGCUAAACUCUCAAAGGGGACGAGAACCAUCGGAAGAUAAUGAAGUUACUCAUAUUGAGAUUGAUCCCUCCUCUGAUGUCCCUCGCUUCUAUCAACGGUCUCGCUUAGAUUUUACCUCCAAUCCAAUGAAUAUUUACUUUCACCUUUCAGGUGUUGCAGGACUUACCAAGGACGACCAAGAGAAAUUCAUGGGCGACAUGCAGUGGCCUGAAUCAAUUACUAUCAACAAAGUUGAAUAUCAGAUAGUCUCGCGAGGGUUCUGGGGUCACAAUCACUAUUGGGCCAAGGUUGUCAGACAUGUCGACGGCGCACGGGGUGUUUGGUUCUAUGACGAUCGCCGGGACGACGGGCGGGCCCAGCUGCUGGGUCGAGAGCUCAGCCGUCAACCAAAGGCCAUUGAUCGUGACAUAGCCAGGAUCAUUCAAAAGAAUCCGGAUUCUUUCGGCGAUGUACCUUUUGUUUCUGCCGCAGUCGUAGACGGGGAUGAUGAUCAUCAGAUUGAAGUAUCACAGGUGGCUGAGGUUCCACCUGUGGAACCAACAUCCGGCAACUUUCUCACCGGUGCCGAAAUGGCCAGCGACGCAAGGCAGGUCUUUGCGUCCACAUGUCCUCCAGUGGUCGGUGUGCCCAUUGGGGAAGUUAGUCUACAUGCCCCUUCCCGUGCGUUAUUGCAAGGAUCCAAACCAAAACAUGUUUCCAAUGGAGCUGAUGCCGAUGAACGGGAUAUUCUGGCGAAGGAAGCCUUUAAGCAUUUCCCAUCAUCAACGAAAGUCGACGAGGCGCCAAAAACUCACAACAAGCAGUUAGAUCCGGUAAAAGAUUCUGUUACCCUCCGCCUUUGGAUUAAACGUCCAGCCCCCGAUUCCAGCCCUAUCAAGUCUCUGUCUCCAUCGCCUCAGAAAGAGCUGGUGAAUAGGAAAACCUCAAGGGGCAAGAAAGGCCUAGGUAAACAAGCUCCCCCAAUGCUGGAACUAGGUGUCGUGGUCAAAAAAGAGCCUGGGUUAAAGGAGGAGUCUAAUAAGGCUAAGGCCAAGGGUAAAAAGAAAAAGUAUUAG